CAAAAUACUGAAGCCAUGGCUGGAAAAGUUGUGCUGCACUACAUCAACGGGAGAGGGAAAAUGGAGUCAAUCCGCUGGCUGUUGACAGUUGCAGAAGUUGAAUUUGAUGAGAUGUAUCUGACAGCUCAUGAGCAGUAUGAAAAACUCCAAAGUGAUGGAGCUCUCAUGUUUCAACAAGUUCCCAUGGUGGAAAUUGAUGGCAUGAAGCUUAUUCAGACAAAGGCAAUCCUGAAUUACAUCGCAGAGAAGUACAACCUCCAUGGAAAAGACCUCAAAGACCGUGUCAUGAUCAACAUGUACUCGGAGGGACUGAUGGAUCUCAUGGAAAUGAUCAUGAUUUUGCCCUUCACCCCAGAUCCACAACCAAAACUGGACAACAUUCAGAGUAAAGCGAAAGAGCGUUACCUUCCAGUGUUUGAAAAGGUGCUGUCUGGGAACAUAUACCUGGUGGGAGGUAAACUCAGCUGUGCAGAUGUGCAGCUGCUUGAAUGCACCCUGAUGUUGGAGGAGAAAUUUCCUGGAAUCCUCGGCGACUUCCGCAACGUCAAGUCUUUCCAAGGCAGGAUGAUCCAGAUUCCCGCCAUCAACCGGUUCCUGCAACCAGGCAGCAAGAGGAGGCCGCAGCCAGAUGAAAACUACGUCAAGACCGUCAUGGAGGUGUUCCAAGUAAAAAAACCAUUGCCAUGAACUCUGAUUAGAUCUGGUACAUUCCUUGCAUCGGCAAUGUGAACGAUUCA